AUAGUAUUUUGUCCACUCGGAACCCAUUAUUUAAACUAUCAACGCCCAGAGCAUUUUACAUCCUUGCGGUAUUCAACAAGAACAAAACCCAUUUCACCAUGUCUGACAUCACUCCAGCUUACGAGGUCAAUGAGGGUUAUAUGGAGCCUGAUGAACUGAUGUCCCUGAAGCCGGGGGACACAUUCCAAGUGAGACGUGGCAGUAAAGACGAUAUCAUCAGCGUGGACAAGGCAUACACCACCAGCGACACGACGCAUCAGGAGGUCACCGAAAUACGGAUAAGAAGACAGCAAGUCAUCAAAAGACGAAAAUCCUCACAGGCGACUCUCCAAGACGAUAUGGCUUACCUGGCAGUCAGAGAAAUUAUCGACACAGAGAGAGCCUAUGUUACCAGAUUAGAUAUUCUCAAUCAGGUGAUUACAAGAAACAAAAGCGUUAAAGCUGUCAGUGAUGAUGUCAUAAAUAAAAUCUUCCCAAGUUUACCAUCAAUUUUGGAAUUCCAUAAGGAUUACUUGCUGCCCAAACUGGAAGAAAGACUCUCUGCGUGGAGGCAGGAGCCAAAGAUCGGGGACGUCUUCCGCCAGUGUCAGCCCUUCCUUCGUCAGUACGCGGACUACAUGCGCGGACUACGGGACGGUCAACGGCUACUGGCAGAAUGGACAAAGAAGUCCGUGAAGUUUGCGACUAUAAUAACACACAUACAACAAAGCAGUGAGUGUGAUCAACUGACAGUGGAGACCCACAUGUUGGAGCCAGUACAACGGCUGCCUCGUUAUCAGCUGCUUCUGGAGAGAUAUCUACAUCAUCUGCGUGAGGACUCACCUGAUAUUGAGGACGCUACAGUGGCGCUCAACAUGAUAAAGCGGGUGGCAGAUUACGCCGACGACGUGUUAUUGAAAACGGAUAAUCUUAAGAGCACGUUAAAGGCCUUCCAGAAGAUACAUGGUGAGCUUUCGGAAAGCACGAAGAAACGAGUGUUGGUGAAAGAAGGCAAGAUACGUUACAUCGAUGGAAAAACGGAGCAGUGCCACAUUAGCUACCUCUUCCUGUUUACAGAUGUACUCCUAAUCUGUGAUACCACCAAACAAGGCAGAUUUACACUUCGCGAAGAGUUGAUGUUAGAUGAUAUACAGGUGCGACAAGGAGAUAAGGACGAUCGUCAUCUGUUCCUCAUCCUGAGCAAAGACAAUACCUUACAGUUCAACGAACGACUGGAGGACGGCAAGAGGGUGUAUUGGGGCCAGGAAAUUCAGAAGCUGGUAGACAAGGCAAUGCAGAGGAGAGAAGAGGUGGCGCUUACAACAUCCGUGACAAAUCGUUGUGGCGAUUGCAGCGACACGUAUGCUUAUAUCAGGAUGCCCAACUUAUUCCUUGGCGGCUGGUCUCCCCGGAAAAUGAGUGAAGAUAUCACUGAUAGUUGUCUCAGCUGCCAUAUGACGUUUGAGACCUGCGCCAGUCCAAAACUCCACUGUGCCACAUGUGGAUUGGUGGUAUGUAAGCAGUGUACACGGAAACAACAUGUGCCUUAUAAAGACAACGCAGAGUGCAGUGUGUGUCUGGAGUGUGACAUCAUCCUCACAGCUAAAUCUUCACAAGAAGUAACCACAUGAACUGCUUAAUCACCUGGUCGCAAUAUGUUUACUUUUGGUUACAUAUACAUGUAUGAUACGUUCAA